AUGGCAGUCCCUGUCACCUCUCACACCCUUUGCCUCCAGCUCUUCUUACACACCAGAUCUACACUGAGAAUCUGCAGAAGGAUGGCCAAUGCUGGCACUCAGGGCAAAGUAAAAUCCCGGCUCUUUGCUGUGGAAUCUGUCUGCUCUCCCCCCUUCUAUUUCACCUCUAAAGACAAUGCAAGCCCGGUGCCCUCUGGGACCUCCAAUGUCUGGCCAUUCCUAGCACGAGGCAGCUAUGCUCAUUCAUUGUGUGUAACCACCGGCCCUCGGGUGCAAGCAGAGAGGCUACACAAGUCACUGGGAAAAGAACUGACUGAGAUGCUGCCUGGGAUUCAGGUUGUUAAACUCCUCUCAUAUGUUCCUGAGAACCUUCAUGGCUCUCUACAGAGAGGGUUCCUAAUUCUGGAUCCGCAGCGUCGCCCUGACUUACAGAAUAAGCUGCACAGCCUACUGAGGAAGAACCAGGAGAACAUCCAGCUGUGCACCUAUACAGGAGAAGAGAGCCAGGUCUGGCAGAGCCGAUGGGAAGCCAAUGGACAAGUCAAGGAGAUGGACAGGUCCGAAGUAGUGGCAGUGAAUGGCCCGAUGCCUUCCCCAUUCGUGGAGAUUCUCAGCGGUUCUGCUGUGUAUUCCUCCCUGCAAAAUGUACUGUCUGUGCUGCAUGAGAGCUCCAAAGUUAUCCCAGAAGCUGGCAAACUUUUGGAAUUUGUGGAGCUGAGUACCGUUCCAGAAAAAGGAUCCUAUCCUGUCAUUGUAAUAGAAGGACUUGAUGCUACAGGGAAAUCUACAUUGACAGAAUCUCUUAAAAAGCACCUAAAAGCAGCACUCCUUAAAUCUCCACCAGAUUCAAUUAGUCGGUGGAGGAAAACCUUUGAUGAAGAGACGUCACUCAUAAAAAGAGCGUACUACGCCUUGAGUAACUAUGUCGCAGCAGUGGACAUCGCAAAAGCAUCAAAAGAAUCUCCAGUGAUUGUUGACAGGUUCUGGCACAGUACAGCUGCCUAUGCUAUAGCCACAGAGAUCGGAGGUGACAUUCAGAAUCUGCCAGACCCUCACCAUGUCGUUUACCACUGGCCAGAUGACCUCCUUAAACCCGACCUUGUCAUUUUUUUGACUGUUAGCGAUGAGGAGCGAAUUCGUCGUAUUCGCAAGAGAGGACUUGCGGAAACACAAGAAGAAAAAGAGCUUGAGGCCAAUAAUAUGUUCCGACAGAAAAUUGAAGAAGCAUACAGAAGAAUGGAGAAUCCAGGAUGUAUAGUUAUUGACGCCAGUGCUUCCAGGGAGGAUGUAUUAAAGGAGGCAUUAUCGGUUAUAAAGCAACACUGUGGCAUCUAGGUACACCGACCUUUCUGAAGGACAAAGCUGGAUUCU